AUGAAGGAGGAGCUGGGCUGUCCCCAGCCCCUCAGGGACAGAACCGGGACACCACUGGGGGUCCCUGGGGGACCCUGGCAGCCGCCCUGGCCCCGCUCGCUGCUGUUCCUGCUGCUUCUCCCCUCGCUUCAGGUGCAAGGAACUCAUCCUGACUGCUCCAUCGUCCUCCAGUUCCAGAAGAGAGAAGCAGAAUGUCUGGAGAGGAUCCAGAGUGAGAGCCAGACACCGGCACUCCCUGGGCAGGAAGGCUGCCCGACCGAGUGGGACGGGAUGAGUUGCUGGCCCACCCUGCCCUUUGGCCAGUCCCGAGCUGUCGCCUGCCCCGACAUCCUGAACGUUUUCAAGGAGUCCAAAGGGCUGAUCCAGAGGAACUGCACUGAGUGGGGCUGGAGCCUCCCCAGCCCCCCCUACCACAGCUCCUGCCAGCUGGAGACCCUCAGCAGCAACAAUGACACCGAGGCCAAGAGAGGCCAUUUUAUCACCAUGAAGGUGCUCUACACCUGUGGCUACUCCACAUCACUGGCAGCUCUGCUCCUGGCCAUCGGCAUCUUCUCCUGCUUCAGGAAGCUUCACUGCACCAGGAAUUCCAUCCACAUCCACUUCUUCACCUCCUUCAUCCUGCGGGGCACUGCUGUGUUCAUUAAGGACAGCGUCCUCUUCUCAGAUGAGUCCAUCGACCACUGCACGAUGUCCACGGUGACCUGCAAAGCAGCCAUUGCCUUCUUCCAGUACUCAGUGCUGGCCAACUUCUACUGGCUGCUGGUGGAGGGCCUCUACCUGCAGACACUGCUGCUGCUCACCUUCACCUGCGACAGGAGCUACACCUGGGGCUACAUCCUCAUCGGCUGGGGUGUCCCCAUGGUCACAGUCGGGGUGUGGGUGCUCACCAGGCUGCACUAUGAUGACCACGGGUGCUGGGAUGACUACUCCAGCCUGUACUGGUGGGUGAUUAAGGCUCCCAUUCUCCUGGCCAUAUUUGUGAACUUCCUCAUCUUCCUCAACGUCACCAGGAUGUUGGCACAGAAGAUCCGGUGUCCAGACCUCAGCAAAACCCACAAGCAGCAGUACAUGAGGUUGACCAAGUCCACGCUGCUCCUCAUCCCCCUCUUCGGGGUGCACUACGUGCUGUUCGCGCUCUUCCCUGAGCAUGUGGGUGUGGACGCCCGGCUCUACUUUGAGCUGGUUCUCGGCUCCUACCAGGGCUUCCUGGUGGCUCUGCUCUACUGUUUCCUCAACGGGGAGGUCCAGGCUGAGAUCAGGAGGAGCUGGGGCAAGUGGCAAAGGUCCAUGGAGAGCAACGUCUUCAACCUGGCUACCCAGGACUUCACAGCAUGA